AUGUCGACUACGGACGCGGCCUGCGAAAAGACACCCUCGACGUCGUCGUUGGGACUGUUCGACCUGUCAGGCAAGACGGCACUGCUUACGGGUGGUACGCGUGGUAUUGGCCAAGCAUGUGCUGUUGCACUCGUCGAAGCAGGCGCUAGCGUGAUCCUCGCCGUUCGACCGGGCAACGCUGCUUCUGGCGCCCACCCGGCGCUCUCCCCUCUCACCUCGGUCCCCAACCAAUCCUCCUCGCAAAAGCAUUCGACGGUCGACGCGGACCUCUCUGACCUCGAGCAGGUCAAGACUCUCUUCGACCGCGCCCUCGCCCAGUCGCCCACGUCUGCCAUCGAUAUCGUCAUCAACUGCGGCGGCAUCCAACGCCGUCACCCUUCCACCGACUUCCCCGAGUCCGACUGGGACGAGGUGCUCAAUGUCAACCUCAAAGCGGUGUGGCUGCUCAGCCAGGCCGCUGGCCGCCACAUGGUGCCGCGCCGCAGCGGCAAGAUCAUCAACUUUGGCUCGCUCCUCACCUUCCAGGGCGGCCUCACUGUCCCCGCUUACGCAUCGGCAAAGGGUGCGGUGGGACAGCUUACCAAGGCGCUCAGUAACGAAUGGGCCAAACACAACAUCCAGGUCAACGGCAUCGCUCCUGGUUACAUUGCGACGGACAUGAACGAAAAGCUGCUGGCCGACCCUACGAGGUUGCGUCAGAUCAGCGAAAGGAUCCCCGCGGGCAGGUGGGGCGAGCCGGCCGAUUUCAAGGGCCCGCUGCUCUUCCUCGCUUCGCAAGCGAGUCAGUACGUCAGCGGCGAGAUGCUCGUUGUCGAUGGUGGUUGGAUGGGUCGUUGA